AGGAGACAGCCCAGGGCCCACCUGCCCCACCAGCCCCCACCUUCACUCCCAAGCCGGGUGGUUCACUGCGCAGGGACUGGGGCUCCAUGGCGUCCCAAUCUGAACCCUCCCUCCACCUUUUGUAUUCCUGGGACCCCCUGAGAGGGUGCGGUAAUCGGGGGCGGCCUGGACCCUCUGAAAGUGAUGGGAAGUGCUUUGUACACAAGGAACUCAACUCUGUAAUUUACAGGAGAAUUUCCGGGGCAAUUCCAUUGUGAGGUCGGGUUUAUGGUGUGUAAUCGAGCUGAGCAGUAAAAGGUGGCUAGGCUUCCAGAGCAGCCGGGCAGUUUAUGAGGCGUUUAGGGGAAGGGUUCUCCCCACUAUCCUCCUCUGAGCGGUGGGCGGCAGGGGCUUCAGCUGGUCCAACGCGGUGCAGGGGUCGGAGGCCUGGGAAGGCAGGAAUUGGGGGCCUGGAUGGGAGGGAGUGAGACCACCGUGCGCUGAGCUCCGUGUGAGCUGGUACUUGGAUAGGUGAAGCCUCCACAGCUGGGUGGCAUUUAGGGGGUGGUCCCCCUAUUUCUUUUUGGUGUCUUCAAAAGAAAUGGAAGUCCAUAGGGGGUUGCAGUCCCUAGACGCCAGAGUCCACUCUCCAAAUCGCCUCUAAAGCAUGUAUUGUUCCCAGGCACCCCGGCCUAGGAGGGGGAGGCCUAAGAGUGGCUGAGGUGAAGGCUACCAGAAACCUUCCACUGUUGGGAGUGCCUGGAAGGGUGCAGGCCUGAGAUUUCUCCAAGCUGGGGGAAACAGCCCUGGUUACCCAUGCGCCAGAGGGGAACCAGAAGUUGUGACAAGGACAAAAGAAUCUUUAGCCAUUUAUCGGACUGCUGGAGCCAGCCAGGUGCCCAGGAGCGAAGGCACAGAGCCUGCAGCACUACAGCGUCCGGGAGGAGGGAGAGGAACCCCACGUUAAUAAAUCUGUUGGCAAAUGAGUCUCAUUAAUAGAUAAAUAUUUCACUGUUUCCUUUAGGGCGGAUAAACAGUGUGCCUCCGAUUAAGGAAAGGAAGCUGAGAGACGUUGACUUUAUUCGAACCACAUGGUUCCAGUUUGCGGUGGCAUUCUCGCUGCAGCUGCAAGCGACGCUGCGCUUUCCCCGUCUGGAUCCGAGUCUAAGUCCGGCGUGUCGCCCAUUGGACCUGGAUGAGAGAAGACUUGGGCAGAGUCGAUCUGCUCAUAGCUGAGUCCUGCCCACAAGGUCACCGAGGGGCAGUCUGUUGAGGGGAACAGAGAUCCUUCCAGGGGCUGGGCAAGCGGACAGGAGAGGGAUGGGGAGGAUCCCAAGCUGGGUCCAGGGCUCACUAGCAGGAAUAGGGGGGUUGCGCGAGGCGGGGCCGCCCGGCGUCUGCAGACCCCAGUGCCGAGGUUGGCGGCCAGCUGGGCGCUCCCGCGGAGCCUCCGGGUCUUUUUCCGCCCGACGCGCCAGGCCCACCGGGCGCGGGCGGAUUCGUUGGCCGCAUAUUUGAGCCUCUUCCCCUUCCAUUCUAGGCGACCGCGGGCCCAGCGGAGCGAGACCACCUGUGAGGGCUGCUGAGAUUGGCGGAGGCGGUCAUGUGGGCGGUCACGUGCUGCGUCGAGCUCCGUCCAAAAGAAAAUGGGGUUUGGUGUAAAUCUGGGGGUGUAAUGUUAUCAUAUAUCACGCUACCUCGUAAAACCGACACUGAAAGCUGCCGGACAACAAAUCACAGGUCAAAAUUAUGAGUUCUUCGUAUUAUGUGAACGCGCUUUUUAGCAAAUAUACGGCGGGGGCUUCUCUGUUCCAAAAUGCCGAGCCGACUUCUUGCUCCUUUGCGCCCAACUCACAGAGAAGCGGCUACGGGGCGGGCGCCGGCGCCUUCGCCUCGACCGUUCCGGGCUUAUACAAUGUCAACAGCCCCCUUUAUCAGAGCCCCUUUGCAUCCGGCUACGGUCUGGGCGCCGACGCCUACAGCAACCUGCCCUGCGCCUCCUACGACCAAAACAUCCCCGGGCUCUGCAGUGACCUCGCCAAAGGCGCCUGCGACAAGGCGGACGAGGGCGUGCUGCACGGCCCAGCCGAAGCCAAUUUCCGCAUCUACCCCUGGAUGCGGUCUUCAGGACCUGACAGGAAGCGGGGCCGCCAGACCUACACGCGCUACCAGACACUGGAGCUGGAGAAGGAGUUCCACUUCAACCGCUACCUGACGCGGCGCCGCCGCAUUGAAAUCGCCCACGCGCUCUGCCUCACCGAGCGCCAGAUCAAGAUCUGGUUCCAGAAUCGCCGCAUGAAGUGGAAGAAAGAGCAUAAGGACGAAGGUCCGGCUGCCGCAGCAGCUCCCGAGGGCGCCGUGCCCUCUGCCGCCGCUACCGCUGCCGCGGACAAGGCUGACGAGGAGGACGAUGAUGAAGAAGAGGAAGACGAGGAGGAAUGAGGGGCCGAGCCGGGCCCUCGCUGCACCGGACAGUCGGAAAAGCGUCUUUAAGAGACUCACUGGUUUUAUUUACAAAAAUGGGGAAAAUAAAAGAAAAUGUAAAAAAAAAACAAGAAAAAAAAAAAAAAAACAACGAACAAACAAAACAGUCCCCAACCUGCACUCCACCCAGCCCCCAUCACCUACUCCAGCUCCCAACUUUUGUGGAUUGAGCGGCGGCAGCGACUGGGUCGCCUUGGAUUCCCUCUGCCUCCAAGGACCCCAAAAGACACCCCCAACCCCAGGUCAGCCGGCCCUGCGCUGGCGCGGCCAAAAUACUACCUAGCACAGGCCUCUGCUCGAGGCACCCCCAAACUACCUAUGUAUCCAGCUCAGAGGGCCUCCAUUCCCAGGAAGCCCCUAUGUAUCCCAGCACUGGCAGACACCCAGCACCACCCUCCCAGAUCGGCAAGAACGUGAAUCUCACUACUACCUACUCCCCUAAAACUACCUAUUUUGUGCUGGCUGGCUUGCCUGCUACCUAGUGCCGACUGCUCCCAGACAAGGCCCCUGCUGCUUACAGCCCGCAGGUUUUGGGGUCCCUGAGGCUGCCCUGAGAAUGUGCUGAGGUCCAGGAUCAGGGUAUUGGCAUCUAUUUAAAUUGAAAAAUAAUAUAUUUAUUCCAAAAAGCAUUCUAAGUGCUGCACCCUAGAAUCAAUCCCUCCUUCUCUGGCUUGGCACCCAAAGUUCAGGCCCAUCAACCCCCGCUUCUGGAGGGGAAUGUUCCUGAGCUGGCUGCAGAUCUCUGGGUUAGCUUCUGCUUAGUAGGACUGUGGAGAUGCUCCCAGCUUCGCUGUCCUUUCCUCUGGCUCCUGUAUCUUACUGUUCAGCUGUGUUAAAUAUGUACGCCCUGACAUUUCCUAUAAUAGCAGAUACUGUAUAUUUGAACAAGAUUUUUUUGUUUGAUCGUUUCUAUAGUCUUGGAGUUCAUUUGUAAGGCAGUGUCUUGACUUGGAAAGGAUGUGUUAAUGGGGUGACUUUGUAGCAUGGUAUGUUGUCUUGAGCUAACUGUAGUGGGUGGGGAGGUCCAAUGCCCUCCGCAAUGCCCUUCAUCUCCUGUGUUGUCCUGUAUCCCCCUCAGCUCCAUCCUGGGGUUCAGGGAAGACACACUUCCCAGCCCAGCUGUGUUUUAUGUAACUGAAAAAUAAAGAUGCUUGGUGACAAAGAAAAACGUGGACUACCUUAUCCAGAGGAGACUGGGAAAGGGGAAGUGAGCAUGGCUGGAGGGAAAGGGUCAGUGGGGAAGCAAAAGUGGGGUGGCUGUCCUUGUGAUGGUCCAAGUGUUGGAUGCUCAUGUAUUGGUGUCAUGUAUUUUUUAAUGUAUUUUUAUGUGUGUAUUUGUAUGAGUAUGUGCUUAUUUUUGUUUAUGUAUUUCUGUGUGUGUGUUUUUACCUAAUUUCACAAUUGUGUAUAUUUUGGUGUCCAUAAAUGGGUGCAUGUGUUUCUGUGUGUCCAUAAUUGCAUGUCAUUCUGUGCCCACAAUAGAGUGUAUGCCCUUCCCUGUGUGCAUAAUUGUACAUGUGCCUUUAUCCGUGUAGAGACGUUUGUCUGGUUUUUGUGUGUGCACUAACAUCUUCUAGAUCCCUUGAAAACGGAAUCUCUGGCAGAUACGUUAUAUUCUAUGAAGCUCCCUAAAAAUCUCCAUAAAUUCCAUGAGGAAAUUUCAAAUCCACCCUUUCCUCUAAGGCUGCGCAGUGGGCUUGGAAAGGGGCAUUAUCCAGAGGCUGAUUAGGGAUUUCGCAUGCGCCCUGAACCCAGCCCCAGGCUAGGAAAUGGGAUUUAAGGCCCCCACCCCGCCUGCAGGCGAGGCAAGGGCGCCCCAGGGUCCCGCACUGCUGUAGGUGGCGCGGGGAGGGGCUAGGACCGCAGACCCUCGCUGGGCUGCGCAGCCUGGGCAGGGGCUGGGGCAUCUGGGUGCAGCGAAGGGGCGAGGGGCGAAGGGCGAGGGAUUGUGCGGGCAGCUCAGAGCAUCCUAAGUUCCGCCUGCAAGACCUUGUCUCCAGUCUUCUGCCUGGGUUGGGUCCGCUUCUUAUGGCUCUUUUAGUAAAACCGGGCCCAAAAGGGUCUGUAAAACCUGAGGCCCCAAGUCUGGGCGGCCUCGGUGGUAAGAUGGCGCCGGUGUAAGAGCUGCCUCCUCUCAGUGAUGGGGAAAGGGUCAUAAAUCCGUUGUUGUUUAUGAAAAUUUACAACUUUGCAAUACAACUUUAUGAGUUGUUCGGCCCUUCCAUUGGCCGCUGUCGGUCAUGUGGAUGAGAACCGUGAACAUGAACUUUUUUAUAAUUUCCCUUGCGAGAAUAGAGCCGCAUUCUUUUGCUCCGCUCCGUCCUGCCUGCUUCGGAGCUCUGCCUUCGAGCCUGGCUCGGCUGCGCUUUGUCCGGAGAUGGCGAGCGAAGGGAAGCCCCGGCCAGGCCAGGCCUGGCGGCUCCCGCUGGAGAUGGGGCGCGCCCCGUUCCUGGCGCCGCGGCGGCAGCUUUGCAACUCGCAACCUGGCUAAUUUCCUGCGUCCUCUGGCACCAGGAAGGAGGACAAUUCGUCUUUCGGGCUGCCCAAGCGACAGAUGUCACAGGGGCAGGAGCUUCUGGGAGUCGCCGUCUGAAGGCUACGUGUGCCGCCUGGCCAUUCAAACUGUCAAUUUUAGGUCCAGAAGUGUCCAAACCACAAGUUCUCAAAACUCUGAAAAAUGGCUCCCUCCGAGUUAAGCAAUUCUGAAAGGCAUUCUCUGGGAAAAGUCUGUGGAAGAGAGAGGGAUCUUCUUGCAAAUAAUGUGGUCUCAGGCAAGGACACAGCAUCUUGGCUGUCUGCUAAAAAAAAAAAAUGCCUAGACUCUCAGUGGAAAUUGAGUGUCAAGCUGCAAAAUCUCAAAUGGCAGACUAUCAUCAUUUAAGAGCGCCUGGACACCGGAAAAGGCGAUUCCCUGAGCGCCUGGAGUUGGAGACAAUUUGUGGUUCAGAUUUAAACAUCUUUCUAGGUAAGCGCUGCUCCAAAACUCUUUGCCUCGUGGGACUUUGCACCAGGGCGGUUGGGAGGAGUUGGCCCUCCACGGUUCCUGGCAACCGCGGCCUGUUGAAAGAGGUUCUGGUCAAUAUUUAACUUCAGAGCAGUUUGGAAUUGGAUUCCUUUAAGCUUCUUGCCCUGUGAAUGCGGGGCGUCAGGCAGACAAAGAGCCUACCCCAAAGCCAGCGAUGGCCAGGAGAAGCGGUUGCGGAAGGCAAAGAUGGGUUGUGGAGAGUCAGAGGGGGUGUGCUUAUUUCUUCCUGCAAGCCCCAAACCACCACACUGAACUUCAGGGCAAAAGCAAGUAAAGGCCACGGGCACGGGCGCGGCGGCCGCUGCGUGGGCUGCUUUCCUUGUCGACCGAGGCGACUGAGGAGGCUGGGAGGAGUGAAGGGGAGGAAUCACAUCAUGCACAGCCUCCUGCAGCUGCUGUAAGUGAGUCCUCACACUUAGGCACAGCCAACUGAAGACCCAUUCUCCAGGAACAAAAGAAUAUGGCCUGAGGAUCUCACUAGCCUCAGAGCAUUCUCAGAAAUUCAGAAACUAAGACCAGAAAAGAAAAGAUUUUUAGACGGCUCAUGAAAGGGUACAGUGUUGAAAUUAGUGAGCAAUGUCACCAGGCAGAAGGCAGGAGUAGGGGUGGAAUCAGGGGUGGGAGCAGCUUAUUUGUUUCAGUUAGGUUCUUCCUGAGCACAGUUGGUUCUCUACUGGUUUUCUGCUCAAGAUUAUUUUGAGAGUUCUGAAGGGGGCUCUUUCUUAUCUUUGAGUUUAUGUCUCUAUAGGAACUUGUGUGGGGAUGGGGGUAGAAUUUGCUGGUGGACACAGAAUUGUCUUGGAAAAGUGGGUGGACAGACCUGCCUGUGGAGAGGUCCCAGAUUGCCUUGCCUUGUUAACUUAAGGCACUCCAGUGAAGGUUGAUUCUUUCUUUUCCUUUUAUUUUCUUUUUUUUGGGGGGUGGGGGGAGGGUCUCUUGCAGAGCAAUUAGAUCAUUUCCUCUGAUAUUUUUCAUAUUUAGAAACCUAUAAUUCCAUGUAUCACUCAGCUGUGUACUGAAGAAAUGCUUAAGUGCAAGUUUGGUCAGGGCACUAGGUUUCUCUAGAUUUUGCAAAACCCAGACCCACCACUCUAUAGCCAAGCACAUCUUUCCUAGUGGGCUCCCACUGAACAAAACCAACUGGACUUAGAGGAGAUGCUUUAACCUUUUGUCAGGUAAUUAUGGUCCUUUUUGGUUUCUCUAGUGGCUGUGGUGUAUGGUGUGUGUGUUAGCAAAUUCCAUACAAUGGCAGGCUGUGAGGAAGUCCGCUGUCUAGGUCAGUUAUUUCUGGGCCUGCCCCUUGCCUUUUGAUAUACUGGCCUGCCGGCCAGAGGAGACUGGGGUGCAUGGGUGUGCAGGAUCCAGCUUGUCCGUGGGUGGGAGGCUGUAAUGAAAGUUAAAAGGAUUUUAAAAAUGUGAAUAGCAUUGCUGUACCCUUGUAUUUGGAAUGUGUGUAAAGAAAUGUAAGUGGAGAUAAGCUUGUAUGUCUUGCAUGGCAUUCAUGGGGAGAUGGCUCCCAGCAUCCUAUUGCUUAGACAGAACUCUUAAACUCAAAACUGCUGGUCAAGGUUCCCCACCUACCCUCCCCCAAAGCUAAAUAUUCUGUUUGGCAACCUAGUUCCUUCAGUGGUUCCAUAUUUCAAAUAAAAGGAUUUAAGUUGACGUAUGACCACGUGAGCACAUAAUACAGCGCAUUAUUGUGGCAUUUGGAGCGGAGACCCAGGCAGGCUUCGCCUGUGAUUACGUUUUCUAGAUUCUCUACAGAGCCAGAGCUUUCCCCCAACCCCCACGAACCCACCUCCUCCUUCUUCUUCCCCUUCUCCGGAGAGCGCUCUCUGAGCCGAUUGCAGUUUUCAGCACUCAUGGAGCGGUUCUGGGCGAGUUAGCCGAUGGAAGUCGAGGCCAUACCAGGAGGAUGGAAUUUAUUUUAAGGUAUUUCCGCUGAUUGUUCAUAUCUAGAGUGAGUUAUGGCUGUGAGAGACAAAGGUCAGGCGAGGAGACCCUGGCUCAUGGACAGGACCCUCAGCCUCUCUCUUCCUUUGUUUCUCUUUUAGAACCGAAACCAUAUGAAAGAUUCCCAGUAGCGCCUCAGACUCUGAGUUUAAUUCCCUGGAAAGUGUUGGGGGUGUAAAGGAGGGGGCACUAGGGGGGCACCUAGGUGGGCCCAAUGGCCCCCAGUGCAAGGGUGGCUUUGUCCAUUGUAGCAGGGCAUGGCUGGAGUCUCAGGAGCUGAUCCCCAGGCAGAAAGAGGGUACCGAAGCCAGGUGCAGGCUGAGGUGGACCGACUUGCAGGGCUAGACUGCCUGGGAGGCAUGGGGGAUGGGUGGGUGAGAAGAGGAAUCUCUCCCCGAUGGUGGUGUUUUCAGGCAGGGGAUGGAGGGUUAGGGCUGACCUGAGCAGCCUGAGCAGCUGGAAGAGGGAAAUCGAUGAGGGAAAUGUGCAGAUGCGCUGCCAUUUUAUUGAUGAUGCUUCCAGGCACUUUGUUUAGUGCCAGAUUGCAGAGCAUGUUUCCCCACAAGCCGGACCCAAGGAUCUGAACUGGAGGGCCCGCCAUUGUUUCCCUGAGCACCCUCUGCCCCAGAGGGCUGAAGAAAGACAGCUCAGACCUAGGAGAGCCUUGGGGUGGGGUGAGCAUGCUGGAUGUCCAGGGGCUCCUUAUUCUAACAUUCAGGAGACAGAGGAAGGAGGGAGCCAGGAUUAGGUUUGGACUUCAUCAGUGUGCCUGAUCUGGGCAUUCCUUGUAUACCCCCAGCUGGCUUGGAGAGUUCCAGAACUGGCCAGUGGGGCCUGGGUUGGAGGGAAGUCCAGAGACAAGAAUCCUCAGGAAGCAGAGGCAGACAUCUCUCCACUUCAUAGCCCCCAAAACAGAGCUGUAGCCAGGGUGGAGGCAGAUGAAAGUUAGAGUGCAUGUUUCCAGAUUAUUGGGAAUACCCCAGCUAAUUGAGCUUUGGGGACCCCACACUCCUGGGAAGGGUGGAAACCCCCUGGAAAGUGCAGGAAACUCUACUUUAUUCUGCUCCUUGGAGUAGGGAAAGGGAUGCUUAUAAGGAGUCAGAGGUUGGAUUUGCCCCUUUGACUUCUUAAAAUACAGAUUAUUUCUUUCUGUACUUGAAAAAAAAAAAA